AAUGAAUCACUUGUACAAGGUAAUGUGCCGCAACUAGUAAUUUCCAGUUCCAUGUCAUUCUGACAUAAGCUAGUCAGCCGACAAUUCGUAGAGAGGUUAGGGUUAGGUUAUUUUAGGACGGACCGAGGACAAGAAAGAAGAUUGCUUUGAGGACGAGAGUAACUUGAAGAAUGGCUGCAUCUAAAUGUACGCAACUGACUGCUGCUCUGAGUAGACAGUUACUGGACUCGAUUGACUGUGUACUAUUUGACUGCGACGGCGUAAUAUGGAGAGGGGACCAAGCUAUCCCCGGAGCCCCUGAGGUUAUCAGUUCACUGAAGAAAAACGGAAAACGGGUGUUUUUUGUAACAAACAACAGCACGAAAACCCGACAAAUGUACGCGGAUAAAUUAGGCAAGCUCGGUUUCGAUGCCACCGCAGACGAGGUGUUCGGGACAGUGUACUGCUCGGCGGUGUACCUCAAAAAUGUAUGUAAACUCGACGGAAAAGUCUAUUUAAUUGGGAGCAAUGCGAUGAGACAGGAGCUCGAGGACGUGGGAAUCCGGCCGGUCGGUGUGGGACCUGACCCCGUCUCAGGAGUUCAGAAAGACUGGGCGAAUGUUCCUCUCGAUAAGGAGGUCCAAGCUGUAUUGGUCAGUUUUGAUGAACAUUUCAGUUACAUGAAGCUCAAUAGAGCUCUGCAGUACCUUUGUAACCCCGACUGUCAGUUCGUGGGAACUAACACGGACACGAGGCUGCCUCUGGAGGGAGGCAAAGCGGUCCCGGGGACAGGGUGCCUCCUAAGGGCGGUAGAGACCGCUGCACAACGCCAAGCUCAAGUGGUCGGAAAACCCAGCAACUUCAUGUUCGAGUGUGUGGCCAGCCAGCUCGGUCUGGACCUUGAGAGGUGUCUGAUGGUCGGAGAUAGACUGGACACUGACAUCAUGCUAGGCUCAAACUGUGGCCUGAAGACCUUGCUGACCCUUACAGGAGUUUCUACUGUAGCAGAAGCCGAGGCAAACCAGAAGAGCGAAUGUCCACAUCAGCAAAAAAUGGUGCCUGACUACUAUAUAGACAGCAUUGCUGAUAUUUUACCUGCACUACAAACAUAGUCAGUGUUUACUUGGAUUUCACCCACUUUAAUAGAGAAUAUUUAUCAAUAUAUGGGUACCAGUAUUUUAAUAUUAUAGUUAAUCUAAAUAGGUUUAAUAGAAAUUGUUCAUCUCUACAUGUAUGCAGUAUGAUUUACUGUCAUCAAGGCUUCAUUUCAAACUGGCCUACCUCUUUUUUAAAUAACCCACUAUUUUUAUUUUAGAUAAUAUAAGGGCAAUACGUUUUUAUUUUAGUGUUACUGUUUUUAUUUUGUCUAAAAAAAAAAGUCAUUUGUAAUACUUGUGUUUUCUAGCCAGUAAUACUCUGGUGCUACAAAACAAGUGACCCUCUAAAUUGUGCUGUUUGUAUUUAUUUUAUCAGAAGUACUUGUUCAGUUAUGUACUGUUAAUUCACUGUACUUGUAACAUAAAGAAUGAGAGAAUAUUAUGAAUAUUUUCAAUUAUAUUUUGCAUUUAAUAGCUUUGUCACUCACUAACUAACCCAUAAACCUGGUAGGAUUUUACUUCUCGCCAUGGUUUGAACAAAGUGUUCAUUUUGCUUGACUGAACAAAUAAAUAAGAAUUGUUAAUGAAAA